AUGAGUUACAAGUUUUAUCAGUUCCAGGUUGUAGGAAGAGCCCUACCUUCGGUGACCGAUGAGCAUCCGAAGAUCUAUCGUAUGAAGCUUUGGGCCACGAACGAAGUUCGUGCUAAGAGCAAAUUCUGGUACUUCCUUAGGAAGCUUAAGAAAGUGAAGAAGAGCAAUGGUCAGAUGUUAGCUAUCAACGAGGUAAAAAGUCUGUAA